AUGAUCCUUACUAUCACAUUCACGUCCAAGCAUGUGGCGCGAGCGCACGCUAACCAAGCUGUCAAAGUCGCCGCCAUAUUGCCCUCGCGUUUGACGUUUGUAGUUUCGUUCGGGAUUCAACGUUUCGUUUCAAGCAGUAACGUUUUGUAGUGUCUGUGACAAUGGAUUCUGUGUGUACUGUGCUUUAAAUUCUAGUGUGUGUGAUUGUGUUUUGUUCUUUUAAUUCACAUAGAAACAAAAUUAGACUUUUGUAAGCUAAACAUGUUAACUUACUUUUCUAAUAAGAAGAAUUGAGAUAGAGAACUAGUACUGAGUACAGAGAAACUUGAGAGAAAGAGAUUGUAAAUACGGAAAAGUUUUGGAGAGUUAAGAAAAGAAAAGAAGUAGAGAUGGAGACGAAGAAUGAGUCACGCGGUGAUGAAAUAGAAUUAACUGUGCAGGGGACUAGUAAACCUAGUGAAAUGGCUACCAAAUCAGAUCUCCCCGAGAGAGGAUCAUGGGCCAGUAAAUUGGACUUUAUUCUUUCCGUCAUCGGUUUGGCGAUCGGCCUUGGCAAUGUUUGGCGUUUCCCGUACCUCUGUUAUAAGAACGGUGGUGGUGCUUUCCUCAUUCCUUACUUCCUCACCCUCUUCCUCGCUGGUAUACCGAUGUUCUUUAUGGAGCUGGCUAUGGGACAGAUGCUCACGAUCGGAGGAUUAGGAGUCUUCAAGAUUGCACCAAUUUUCAAAGGUAUUGGAUACGCGGCUGCAGUGAUGUCGUGCUGGAUGAACGUCUAUUACAUCGUGAUCCUGGCCUGGGCUAUCUUCUACUUCUUCAUGUCGAUGAGAGCAGACGUGCCAUGGCGGACUUGUGAUAACUAUUGGAAUACAGUCACCUGUGUGAACCCCUACGACAGGAAGAACCUCACCUGCUGGUCCAACUUCGAUAUGACCACUCUCUGCACCCUCAAUGGGAAGAAUGUCAGCAAGGCUCUCCUUUCUGACCCUGUUAAAGAAUUUUGGGAACGUCGAGCUCUGCAGAUCUCCAGCGGCAUCGAGAACAUUGGUAACAUCCGCUGGGAGCUGGCGGGCACGUUGCUAUUGGUUUGGAUCCUGUGCUACUUUUGCAUUUGGAAGGGCGUGCGCUGGACCGGCAAGGUUGUCUACUUCACAGCACUGUUCCCGUACUUUUUACUAACCGUGCUGUUGAUCAGAGGAAUCACUUUACCCGGAGCAAUGGAAGGUAUAAAGUUCUACAUAAUGCCGAACAUGUCGAAACUUCUCGAAUCGGAAGUAUGGAUCGAUGCGGUGACGCAAAUUUUCUUCUCUUACGGCCUCGGGCUGGGAACAUUGGUCGCUUUAGGCAGCUACAAUAAGUUUACUAACAAUGUUUACAAGGAUGCUUUAAUAGUCUGCUCCGUGAACUCCAGUACGUCAAUGUUCGCUGGUUUCGUGAUAUUCUCAGUGGUAGGAUUUAUGGCGCACGAGCAGCAGAGGCCAGUGGAGGAGGUUGCAGCAUCAGGUCCUGGUCUGGCGUUCCUGGCUUACCCAUCAGCAGUUCUCCAGCUGCCCGGAGCACCGUUAUGGUCUUGUUUGUUCUUCUUUAUGCUCCUCCUUAUCGGCUUGGAUAGUCAGUUCUGCACCAUGGAAGGUUUCAUCACCGCUGUCAUCGACGAGUGGCCCAAACUCCUCAGGAGGCGUAAGGAAAUAUUCAUCGCGAUUACUUGCGUUAUCUCAUAUUUGGUUGGACUGUCUUGUAUUUCUGAGGGUGGUAUGUACGUCUUCCAAAUCCUCGACUCGUAUGCUGUAUCUGGCUUCUGUUUGUUGUUCUUGAUCUUCUUCGAGUGCGUGUCUAUCUCGUGGGCGUUCGGAGUCAAUCGCUUCUAUGACGGUAUCAAAGAGAUGAUCGGCUACUACCCGACUAUCUGGUGGAAGUUCUGCUGGGUCGGCUUCACUCCGGCUAUCUGCAUUAGCGUGUUCAUCUUCAACUUGGUGCAAUGGACGCCUAUAAAGUACAUGAACUACGAGUACCCGUGGUGGUCGCACGCGUUCGGAUGGUUCACUGCGCUGUCGUCUAUGCUGUGCAUCCCUGGGUACAUGGUGUAUCUGUGGCGCGUUACCCCCGGCACCAGGAUGGAGAAAUUCCAUACGAUCGUUCGUAUUCCCGAAGACGUGCCAGCAUUGCGUACUAAGAUGCAAGCCGAGGAACAAGCCAAGCAUGGAAAAGCUUAAACCCAAUUAAUUCAGAUCUCUAACAAAAACGACAUCAUACGUACCUAGAGAUCUUGUAACAUUGGAUAACGCACAAUUAUUAUUAUGUGCCAAAUAUAUUCGAAACGUAUUUUAUUUUUGAUGUUUAUUAGAGUUUUUUUAAUUAAUUUUUAAGUAGAGUUAAUUUGAGAUUUGUAGGCUUUUUCGGGUGCGUUGCGAUGCGUUCAUGUAUUUUUACUAUAUGUGCU